AUGCAGAACAGAGCCACGCGGACCUUCUCAGGAGGGUGGCGCAUGCGAGUGUCGCUCGCCCGCGCGCUCUUCAUCCAGCCCGACCUGCUGCUGCUGGAUGAACCCACGAACCAUCUCGACCUGCAUGCAGUUCUAUGGCUGGAGGAUCAUCUGCUCACGUGGCCCAAGACGCUGGUGGUGGUGUCCCAUGCUCGCGAGUUCCUCAACACCGUUGUCACGGACAUUGUUCAUUUGCACAACCAGAAACUUGCUUGCUACAAGGGCAACUACGACACGUUUGAGAAGACGCGCAACGAGCGCAUCCGCAACCAGAACAAGGCGGCUGAGGCCAACGACGCCAAGCGCGCUCACAUCCAGGCCUUCAUUGACAAGUUCCGUUACAAUGCCAAGCGCGCGUCCCUCGUGCAGUCGCGAAUCAAGGCGCUGGAGAGAAUUGGCACCGUGGAUUCGGUGGUGGCAGACCCAGAGUACCGCUUUGAGUUCCCCACGCCAGAGGACCGGCCACAGGCGCCCAUCAUCAGCUUCACCGAUGUGAACUUCGGCUACCCCGGCGGGCCGCUGCUCUUCAAGAACCUCAACUUUGGCAUCGACCUGGACAGCCGACUCGCCAUCGUGGGGCCUAACGGCAUCGGCAAGACCACGCUGCUGAAGCUCAUAUCGGGCGAGCUCAAGCCCACCUCAGGGACUCUAUUCCGCUCCCCUAAGGUGCGCAUGGCAGUGUUCGCCCAGCAUCACGUGGACGGCCUCGAGCUCUCCAAGUCGCCUCUGCUCUACAUGGCCCAUUCCUUCCCGGGAGUACCGGAGCAGAAGCUGAGGUCGCAUCUGGGCUCCUUUGGCCUGGGAGGCAGUCUGGCGCUGCAGCCCAUGUACACACUCUCAGGAGGGCAGAAGAGUCGAGUGUCCUUCGCUAAGAUCACAUUCCACAAGCCGCACAUUCUGUUGCUCGACGAGCCCUCCAACCAUCUGGACAUUGAUGCAGUGGAGGCAUUGAUUCAGGGCCUUGCUCUCUUCCAAGGCGGCGUUCUCAUGGUGAGUCACGACGAGCAUCUGAUCAGUGGCAGUGUGGACCAGCUGUGGGCGGUGGACAAGGGAGUGGCCAAGCCCUUCAACGGCACCUUCAAGGAGUACAAGCGCUCUAUCAAGCACUGA